UUUUAAAUUUUUAAAAAUUAUAGAAAAUAUUUUUAUUUUAAAAAUAUAUAAUAUUAAUAAAAUAUAAUAGAUAUAUUUUAGUAUUUUUAUAAUUCUAUUUUAAAUUUUUUAUUUUUAUUUUUAUUUAUGUAUUUAUAUUGUUUUUAGAAAAAGGAAAAAAAAUAUCCUCCCACAACCGCCCGCAACCGCAAACGUUAGCUGGAACCAACUUUUAAAUUUAUGAGGUUUGGAGCGGUUUGGAGCGGUUUAAGCGAUUAUUGCAAAACCCCAACAACCGCUACCAACCGCAAAAGCUGCGUUUGCGGGUGGUAGCGGGAAAACUAAGUCUAAAUUAGUGAAUCCUACAUAAGUGUCUUUUAUCCUUCGUUAAAAAUGAUGGUAAAAGUAGUUAGUGUAAAAAAGUGGUAGUAUGAGUGUCCUAUAUAGGGUAAGUCAAAGAUCUUAUUGAAACAGAAUCUCCGAACAUGUAUGAAUCCAUUAGUUCACACAAGAAACAAAAGCCCUAAGUUAGCCGCAGCCUCCAGAAUAUCCAAUACACAAUAAUGUCUAGAAACGUUGAUUGGUCUAAGCUCUGCCCUGAUCUAUUACGAUCAAUCUUCGAAAGCUUGAGCUCUUUGGAUUUUCAUCGAGCCAAAACCGUUUGCUCAAACUGGUACGCCGUUUCAAGAACGUGUCCUCUCUAUCCAUGGCGAAUCGUAUUACAAGGUCAGAACUCUCUUUUGUAUGAUCCCAUUCAAGAUAAAGUCUACCACAAAAACCUUCUUGGAAUCGACUUGUCCGAAGUCCAUUGUCUCGCCAGUUACAGCAACUGGCUUCUACUCGUAAAUCCUUGUCUACAUUUCCAUCUCUUGAAUGUGUUUACUAGCGAAACAAUCAGUGUUCCUUCAUUAGAUUCAUCACUUGGUGAUAGUCCUUAUAGAUUCGUACGAAACGAUCUAUUUGAAUGCUUCCUUGAGCUCUACGGCACCAAGUUUCUUGUGAGUUGGGACGAUUUUAAGUUCUCAAAGACGGCUGUCUUGUGGAUAAACGAGAAAAAUGGAGAUUUCGUCGUCGCAUGGGCUAUCAAACAGUUCUAUAUUUUCUCAUACAAGAAAAUAGCAAAUGAUGGUGAUAAAGGAUGGCGUAUUACAUGCACACAGUGUGAAGACAUGGCUUAUAAAGACAACAAGCUUUAUGUCUACACCUUUGAUCAUUACAUCAACGUUCUUGAUUUCUCUGGAGAUUGUCCUAAAGAUACCAUAGAAGGAAACCAUUAUCUUAAUCAUCCUUUUCCCUUCGUUGAUACGAUAUAUAAGAUGAGGAUUGUUAUAGCAAACUCAGGAGAGGUUCUGAUCGUUCUGAGCUUGAAAGAGUUAAACAGAAAGUUUUGCAUUUGUAAGCUGAAUCUUGAGGUUGGAGAAUGGGAAAGAGUAGAGUCUUUGGGUGAUGAGAUGUUGAUUUUUGGUCAUGGGGUUACAAUAAGAGGACCGGUUAAAGAUAGAGGAAUCAAGAGUGGUUCAAUAUGUUUUCUUGAUGAUGAUCAUUUGUCUGAUAAUUAUCUUGGGACGAGGAGGGAAGCAAGUUCUGGUGUGUUUGAUCUUGCAACAAGAACAAUCACUUGGCAUACAAGAUUAGAUGAUUGGUCUUCCAAGAUUUACUGGUUUGUUCCAGGACAAACUUAGUCUUUAAUUAUCGACUUUACGUGUAACUCAAGUCCAUAUAACUCUCUUUUCUCUUUUUAUCAUCAAGUCUUUGGUUUUAAGGUUUAUCGAAAAUUUGACCUUAAGUAUGUUUUAUUAUGGAUAGUUGUGGCAAUUGGCUCUUUAUUGUUGAUUAUUGUUUAGAUUUGUAGCAUUUGAAUGUGUUACUCGCGAAAGGAUCAACCUUUCAUCGAUAUAGUUAUUGCUUCUUUGUCAAGCUAGCUUCCAAAGUAAAGACCAGUGGGAACGUUUUAGCGAGCGUAGUAGUGUAACCUCUUCUCCAUUAUAUCGGCUUGUGUUCGGUAUGAACGAGAGAAAGAUGUCAAACGGGCCAUCCCGCGUCCAGGUGGCCCAUCCCGCUGCUGUCAUCAAAUUCAAUUGUCCAUGCCCGCCCCGCAUGUUCUUAGCGGUUAAUCUGGCAGCCCGCGGGACAGUGACUAUAACCACUGCAAAGAUCAUCAGUUUAUAUACUUACCCCAUCUUCACAGCUUCUUGGACAGCUGAUUUGCUUGUUCUGAACAGGAGAUUAUGUUGUAGCCUGGAGUUGCAAACAACAUUUCUCAUACGGGAAAGGAGAUGACUAAUGGUGUAAUCUUGAAAGCACACGGUGUAGGUCAACAAGCUUUAUGCGUAUACAUCUGAUUAUUACGUUGAGAUUAUUGAUUUACGUAGAGAUUCCGCUAAUGAGAUCCUGGAUGCGAAACAUGCGUGGAAGAAAUUGUAGCGAUUACUAACACACUAGAUACUCUUGGGGUGACGUGUUGACCAAACAAAAGACUACUACAAGCUUAUGAUCAAACAAAAGACUAUUAUGAAUCUAUAUCAUCAAACAACUUAAUUUAAAAUUUUAUUUUAUUUUAUAAAUUGAUUGUUAAUCGGGAAUCAAGAAAUCAUGUAAGAAUCUUAAGGUCUCUCUCUCUCUUCCAAUCAUGAUAGAAAAAAGGAUCCACUAUUGGCUCGUGGAUGAAGCAA